GUAUUACCCGCUACCACUAACACUACUCCUAUCAGGAAUCGAAACUACAGCGCGUCUUACUGCAAUGGAGAAGACCGCGACGAUCAGCGAUGACGAUUCUACCGGUACUGCUCUUCUAUGUGCACACAGCCGUCUCGUACAACUGCCCGUAGAAGUCCUACAGUCCACUGUCCACUAUUGCUUGCACUGCAGCCUCCCCAGCAUCGCAUGUAUAAGCCCCGAGCUACGCGCCCGUGUCGAACGACAGCUAUAUUGCGACGUGGUCCUAGGCUGGAAAAGUAAGAUAACGACGCAGCCACGCGAUCUAUGGCCAUUCUACCGAACACUUCAGUCACGAUCUGAUCUAGCGCGAAGGGUGGAAAGCCUCAACAUCGAAGUCGUUGAUCGCACGCUUCACGUUGACGUCCCUGCGUCUGGUGUCAUCCCACAGGGCCCGCUGUUCCCUUCUACCAUACGAGCAGAGCUAGAUGAGCUAUACAUCGCCGGUGCUCUUCCUCUCUACCACAUGACUGAGCUGACAUCCCUCGACUUAUCGAUUGUACACGACCAUGAAUUCAGAUAUGACGAUGGGAGGUUCACGCUCGUUUCCGAGUACCUCAACAAACUAUUCUCUGGGUUCGACAGUCUCACAGCACACCUCACGCCAUUUCCAGGUCUGCAAAAGCUACGAAGCCUCAAAUUCCAAGGCACUGAGUUCCACUGGGUAUUCGCCAAGUCCCCGUACUUGGAGCAGAUUCAUCACACUCGUGCCAGCCAAAUUUCGGCAGAUGGGGCCUCGUCUGAGGUCAACGCUACGCUUAAGACUCUCGAAUUACCAGUACACUCGGCUGUUCUGUAUCCCGCUUGCAUACACUACGAUGCCCUGUCACCCUUUCUCGCACACCUUCCUCGCUUGCGAACCCUACGUAUGCCCUUCAAUGACGCCGACUAUGGAUCAGCAGGUUCCUGUAUGGAUUUCUUUCUCAACAGCAGCACCCAGGGUAGCUACUCUAUCUUGCUACAGAAGCUCCAGCCAGUGGCAGCUGUUUUGACUAGAUUAGAGCUAGACGUAUCUACUCACUGUGGUGAGGUCGACACCUUCUUUCUCGGCUAUGUACUGCUGGGAGAUGGCUUCCUUGAUUUCAAGGCGCUCAAGCAUCUUUUGGUACCUUAUCAAUGCUUGCUUCCGCGAGAGACUCCUCAGUGGUCGCAUAUUCUGCAACCGGCGAAUGAGAUACUUCCGCCAUCGCUCGAGACCUUGAAGGUUCAUCUCCCAGAACAUGCAUUUCUUGACUGGCUUACCACCUUGUCUUACUAUGGAAACAAGCUUUCUGUGCUACAACGCAUCGGUAUUGCGUGUUCGAGCUGGGUUGGAGCCAGCUACGAAGACCUUGUGUUCAUCUCGUAUCCACAUCCUGCGCUGACCGUUCUUUCCUCGAUGAAUAUCGAUUGGAGUAUAGACGUCCCAACAUGCUGCUGGGACCGGUGGUGGGACGAUUAUGAUUUCCGGACAUGGGAUGCGGUUGCGUGGAUGGAUAGGACUUAUGGUCCUUCGUAUCGUGGUACAGUGUUCCAUCCUACUCAUGGUGACCAUUCGGAACUGGUUGCGCCCCCAGUCACCAUCGAGGAAGAAGCAAAGAGCGUAGAUGCUGCCGAUUCUUCUGUCAUGCAAUACACUGCCUCUGAACUGGACAUUUCGUUGGAAGCAACUACUACCCUGCUCCACGAUUGGUAGAAGAGGCGUUGGCUCAACUCGAUCGAUCUUGGACUUCCACUCAAGUAGCGGUGGCGGCUAUUGAAAGCAUAACAAGGAUCGUUGAAGAUGCUUUUGCACAUGGCUUUAGGCUAUUACUCCGAGGGGAGAUACUGAGAUAACUUGAAAGCAUAAACAUAGCAACACUAUCCC